GCGGCCCGGUGCUGCCCGCCGCGGUCCCUGGGCGGGCGGAGGCGGAGGCGCGGGGGGCGGGCGGAGGCGCGGGGCGCCCAUUUUGUCGGUGCGGCGGCGGAGAGACGCGGGACGCGGAGCAUGGCUGUUGAGAAACGCCCCGCGUGCGGCACCGGUUCCCAGCUAGAUCUGGAGAUGGACGCGGAUAAGGGGAAGCAACGCCAGUACUCUCAGAGGAUGGCGGAGCCUCGCUUCAACAACCCCUACUUCUGGCCGCCUCCCCCAACCAUGCCCAGCCAGCUGGACAACCUCGUCCUGAUCAACAAAAUCAAAGAGCAGCUGAUGGCAGAGAAGAUCCGGCCCCCACACUUGCCCCCCACCUCCGUUGCCUCCCAGCAGCCCCUCCUGGUGCCCCCCUCUCCUGCUGAAAGCAGCCAGUCCAUCAUGUCCCUCCCCAAGCUGCAGCAGGUGCCAGGCCUCCACCCGCAGGCAGUCCCGCAGCCCGAUGUGGCCCUGCACGCUCGGCCGGCCACCAGCACCGUCACAGGGUUGGGGCUGGCGUCCCGCGCGCCCCCAGUCAGCACCUCCGAGUCCAGCACGGGCACCACCACCCCUUCCACACCCACCUCCACCAGCCAGAGCCGCCUCAUCGCUUCCUCGCCCACCCUUAUCUCAGGAAUCACCAGCCCGCCCCUCCUCGACUCCAUAAAGACAAUCCAGGGCCACAGCUUGCUGGGGGCACCCAAGACGGAGCGGGGCCGCAAGAAGAUCAAGGCGGAAAACCCUUCGGGGCCGCCCGUCCUCGUGGUUCCCUACCCCAUCCUGGCCUCGGGGGAGACGGCCAAAGAGGGCAAGACGUACAGGUGUAAGGUCUGCCCUUUGACGUUCUUCACCAAGUCGGAGAUGCAGAUCCACUCCAAGUCGCACACAGAGGCCAAACCCCACAAGUGCCCCCACUGCUCCAAAUCCUUUGCCAACGCCUCCUACCUGGCCCAGCACUUGCGCAUCCACCUGGGCGUGAAGCCCUACCACUGCUCCUACUGCGAGAAGUCCUUCCGCCAGCUGUCCCACCUCCAGCAGCACACCAGAAUCCACACCGGUGACAGACCCUACAAGUGCCCACACCCCGGCUGCGAGAAGGCAUUCACACAACUCUCCAACCUCCAGUCUCACCAGCGACAGCACAACAAGGACAAGCCCUACAAGUGCCCGAAUUGCUACCGGGCCUACACGGACUCGGCCUCGCUGCAGAUCCACCUCUCAGCGCACGCCAUCAAGCACGCCAAGGCUUACUGCUGCAGCAUGUGCGGCCGUGCUUAUACCUCGGAGACGUACCUGAUGAAGCACAUGUCCAAACACACCGUGGUGGAGCACCUCGUCAGCCAGCACUCUCCUCAAAGGACCGAAUCCCCUGGCAUCCCCGUGCGGAUCUCGCUCAUCUAAGUGGGCUCUGUCCCACCCCGCUGCUGUCGGGGGGGUGGCACCCCGUUGGCCCCCCCGACCCGGCCCCCCUGCUCCCCCCGGGGGGCUGCAGGUUUGGUGACAUCCAAAGACGGUUUCAGAGCACUUUGAAUCUCUGCAGUUUUCUUGGGGGGGGCGAAGCGUGUUGGGGGGGGGUAAAGGAGGGGGUUCUCCUUCGUCAGCCCCCCCCCCCCGCCCUCCACCUCCUCUCAUUUUGGAUACAAAUAUAUAUAUAUAUAUUUAUUGGCCAAGAAGUUGGUGCUGCUAACACAGAAACAAAAUCAGACGUGGAACGGAGCACGCCAGAAACCCUCCUCCCCCCCAGGACUGUGCCGGAGCAGAGCAGGGCUCAGAGGGGGCUUUGUUUUAAGGGGGGGGGGGGAGCUGCUCCGCGUGGGUUGCGUUUGAUUUUUAAAGACGUUUUCCCCUCUGGUUUCGCUCCCCCCCCACGCCGGACUCCGGGAGCAGCGGGGGGUGCGCGUGCCUCUGUGUGUACAUAGCCCCGUGUACAGAGCUGGGGGCCCCGCGCCCCGGAGAGACUCGACAGAAACUCAUCUAUAUUAUGUACUCUUUGGUUCCGUUUUGGAUAUUAACUGUGUUAUUUUUUUAUACACUUUUUAAGCCUUAACUCAUUGUUUUGCCA